GUUCCCGCGCCUGCUGGCUGGCGGUCACGUGACACGGGGCAGACAAGGCUAAUCGAGCAGGAGCCGGUGGCGUGAGUUGGGCUGUCAGCCUGUGAGUGCUGGGCUGCAGAGAUGGCGAAUAUUUUGAACCUGGAAAAGAAGUUAGCAGAAUACAAAUGCGACACCAACAAGGCUAUCCGACUGAAGUUGGUUCGAUUUGCUGAAGAUCUGGAAGAUGAGACAACAAGCUUCAAUCCGUUAUACAGUCACCAAGUGUUCGGAGAUGAAGAAUCAGUAUUUGGCUACAAGGACCUUGAAAUCCAAUUGUACUACACUACCUGCAGCCUCACUACAUUCUUCAAUAUCAAAUACUCCAGCAAAGUUGUAGAAAAAUAUGACAACGUAGAGGUUGAUAAUGUUGAAAAUAAAGUGUUAGAAUUUAUCCCAGCUGGUUACUGCAGCAACCUUGAUGAGUUUAUUGUGCAACUGGAAAAGGAUGCCUCCUUCAGACCAUUUGGAUUACUUAUUCACUCAUACACCAUGUAUGAUGAGAAGGAAGGACUGGAGUUAAACUAUGAGAUUUACAAGACUGACAUUACCUGUCCAGGAUUCAGAGAAUACCAUGAGAGACUACAGACCUUCCUUAUCUGGUUCAUUGAAACAGCAAGCUUCAUUGAUGUGGAUGAUGACAAAUGGCAGUUCUUUCUUGUGUUUGAAAGGUACCUUGAAGAUGGCUCUCCACGUUUUGCAACUGUGGGUUAUAUGACUGUGUAUAAUUUCUAUGCGUACCCUGACAAAAUGAGACCUCGAAUUGGCCAAAUGCUGGUGCUGCCUCCAUUCCAGGGUGAAGGACAUGGUGCACAACUGAUGGAGACAGUCCAGAGGUUUUACACAACAAAGCCAUCCAUAUUGGAUAUCACUGCUGAAGAACCAUCUGAGGACUUUGUGAAAUUACGAGACUUUGUUCUUGCCAAACUUUGCCAGGAGCUCCAUGCCUUUUCACCUGAAAAACUCAGGAAAGGAUUCAGUGCAGAAAUGGUAGAAGAGGCCAGAAGAACCUGGAAAAUAAAUAAGCAUCACUCAAGAAGAGUAUAUGAGAUUCUACGGCUGCGAGUGACCAACAUGAGUGAUCCAGUGCAAAGCAGCGAAUACCGGUUGGAUGUGAAACGCAGGCUUGCCAUUCCUUUUAAGAAAAAUAAGAAAGAAGCAAACGCGUCUUUCCCGUUUGAUGCCUGAAGAUUGGGCUUGCACAACAGGCAGAAAUGAGUUUGGAGCCAAGAGCAGGAGUAUUUAGAAGAGACCUACCAGAGCACUGUGGAACAGUAUCGACGUAUCCUGGAGCGCUUGGCACGCAUCUGAAUUCCUUUGCAAUUCUUUACCUUGUUUUCAUGCAAGAGUCUAGAUUAGUUGACUAUGGUUGAUAAUGUUGCUGCAUUGACAUCUGUGGUCAAGAGACUCUUGCCAAUCACAAUCAGUAAGUGGCUUUCCGUUGAAGCUGAAGCACUUGAAUCAAUGUUAAGCCUUUCUCUGUUACAGUGUAUACUUAAAAUUAUCUGACAUCAGUACAAACAAUAUCUUUUUAAAAUGUGUAUAUAGAAGCACUGUACUAUAUUUUUAGAAACAUAUUUACUGUUUUACUUCUGGAAUGUCUAGCAGCAAUUAAUGAUUUUGGUGGGAGAUGAAGGCCAAUGGAUUCUCUGAAGAUGUUCACUUUAGCAGAGAAAGGCAGUGUCCCAUCCACCAGCUAUGCUUUUUGGCAUUAGAUAAAAGCAAAAAAAAAACUUUGUUUGUCUGAUUUGAUUUAUUUUUGGAACUUGAGAGUUCAGCAAUCAGUUAUGCCUUAGUUUUAUAUCACUAUUUACUUCUGGUUAAAAAAAAAAUAUACUUUCUUAUCCAAGUAAAAAAAAUAUAUAUAUUAAAGGGUGGUACAGUAUUCACAGCGGACAUUGUUGGUACAAUCACUAAUACUGGAAUUCUACCACCAGUGAAUCAUGUGUAAAGUAAAAGUAUAUGCAGAGUACCUUUAACCUCACCCACUUGGUGAGAAUUUGGUAUUUGCACUCCAUUGGCCUUUUGCCUUUGGACAUCAAUUCAACCUAGAUUGGUGGGAUAUUGUGUGUCUGCAUAGUGGUGUAUGGACUGCUGUGUGAAAUGAGUUUCAAUAUUGGGUCUGGUCAGAAGUACAUCUGGUGUGAUAUGUCACAUUGUAGCAGUGUUGAAAUGGUCCUUUUAAUUUUUGGCUGAGAGAGUGUACAGGGAGUUGUACUUUUUCCAACUUGUCUGUAUCUGCCUUGGGAGUUUUUGCUGAUGUGGCUUGUGUGUAUGAAAUGUACAGAAUUCUAUUUCUAUCACCAACAGCUCUCACUUUUGAUAGAAGAAUGUUCAUGUAAUUAACUUGUAGGGAUAUCGGCAAUAUUGCUUCUGUGUUGCUUUGAUUAUGAAGCUUAUUGGCCAUUUUUGUUCCGUGAUGUCUUAUCUGCAUGCAUGGAGCCAAGCCCUUAAGUGAGACACUAUAAAGGUGCUUUUGCAGGGUGUUGUGCAUCAUCUUGAGGCUUCUGAUAAAUAUAAUUGUAAAUCACAAAUCUUAACUUUGGAUUCUGGACUCCAUUUGCAGCAGUAAUAGUUCCAGCAACAUCUGAUAAAUAAACACAUUGAUGUGGUUCUAAAAUUAUCAUUUUUAUUUUCUCUCAUCUUUCAAGAAGACAAGAACCAUCCUUUGAACAAACUUUGAAGUUUUUUUUUAACAUUGUGUUAAGAAUCCUUUAGAAACCUUCUGAGUAAAAGUCAUUUUUGCAGAAACUGCAUCUGUAUGAUUGAAUUUGAUUAAAACUAUUCCUGGAAA